UGUUCAGAAACAACGAUGAAGCAGAUUGAAGAUGUUUUUAAGGAAUUCACCACAAGAGAGGACAUUGCAAUAGUGUUAAUCAGCCAAUAUGUGGCCAACAUGGUAAGAUUUUUGGUUGAUAGUUACAAUACACCAAUUCCAGCCAUUUUGGAGAUUCCUUCAAAGGACCAUCCAUAUGAUCCUGCCCAUGAUUCUGUUCUAUCACGAGUGAAAUAUCUCUUCUCAACUGAAUCAGUGGCCUUCGAUAGGCGUUAAUGUUGGAGCAAUGUUUCCAUAUGCCCCAACUAUCUCAUAAUAUCUUGAUAUUGUGUCAUGUCACCACUCUAUCAAGAGAUAUUCAUUUUGUAAUCUGUUUUAGAUAUUCAAGCGGUUUGUGUUGUUCUUGAAUGUUGAUUGAAAAAGUUGUAUAAGUUAAAAGUGUGACUGUGAGUGAACAACUUGUUGCAAAUAAGUCAGUUGCUUUGUUCUUUGGGAGCUUCAAUUGAUAUUAAAGGAUGAUUAUUCUUGAAGAGGAA